GCGGAGGACAAUAUUAUUUAACUACAAUGAUCGACAGUGCAUACUCUCUGUAUGUACUUGCCAAACCGUUGUCUUUAGCCUCUCGAUGCGGGUUGUUACAGUUGUGACAGAUCACCGUCUAGACAUUUAGGCGCAUCAGAGAUUCGGACCACGGAGACAGGGUUCAACCGCUUGCGGAUCAUAUAUACGAUCACUUAUGUGCAACUACGCUGCCAUCAGUGUGCGACUUUGACCAUCAGGCCAAGUCGCACACACACACUCUCUGUAUAUACUCUAGUUCCGUCUGUGAGCCUGCUGAUGAGGCCUGAGUUCUGACGCUCAAAGUGCCAGCACUAACCGAAACUACACGCAAUAGUCCUCUCUCGAGCUUCCGUCGCAGGAGGGCGCCGAUGUCCCGCCUCUGAGCACCGAAGAAUGCAAUGGACCUCUCUUGAAAAAGCCGACGCGUCUCGUGAUAUUCUCGCUAUCAGCGGGCCGAUGACCAGUGACACCGAUCAUCCGGCCCAGCCACCUCCGGAUACCGGAUCCGACGCGACCAAAGCGCGCCUUGCUCUAACCACUGAUGUCGACCCUCUCUACCUCCUCUCUAUUCGAUGUGCAAGGCAAAAUAGUGCUCGUGACCGGAGGAGGGAGCGGCAUCGGGAAGAUGAUCGCUGCGGGCUUUGUUGAGAAUGGGGCCAAGGUGUAUAUCGCGGCGCGCAAGGAACAGCAGUUGCAAGAGGCGGUGCGCGACCUGAAGAAGCUAGGGAACGGGCAGGUCGACUACAUCGUCGCCAACGUCGGGUCGAAAGCAGGCUGCGACGCGCUCAUCGCCGAGUUCAAGCAGCGCGAAAGCAGGCUCCA